AUGGCCACUUCUUCAAGUAUUGUACAAAGAAGAAAAGGAUGGCCAUAUGACGUAUUUCUAAGCUUCAGAGGUGUAGACACCCGCAACAACUUUGUCGAUCAUCUAUUUGCCGCUCUCCAUCGGGCCGGAUUACACACCUUCAAAGACGACACGAUGCUCGGUGGAGGCCAACCAAUCUCAGAAGAGUUACUGAAAGCCAUCAGAGAAUCAAGGUGGGCUGUUGUUGUUUUCUCUAAAAACUAUGCCACCUCUUCAUGGUGUUUGGAAGAGCUUUCCAACAUCAUGGAAUGUCACAAACAGAUGGGUCAGAUGGUGUUACCUGUGUUCUACCAUGUCAAUCCCUCCGAUGUUCGUCGACAGAAAAGAGAUUACGCAACUGCAUUCGAGACCCAUGAGGACAAGUUUAAGGGAGACAUGGAUAAAGUGAACAAGUGGAGGGAAGCCCUAACUGCAGCUGCCAGAUUAUCUGGCCAACAUAUAAUACCUGACCAUGGGAGUGAGUCAACAUAUAUAAACAAUAUUGUUGUACAGAUCUUAGCCAAUAAACAGCCUCGUGGUGCUAGUAGGGAAAACAAUCUAAUUGGUAUACAACCUCGUAUUGAUGCCUUAAUUUCAUUAUUGAAGAUGGAGGCAGCCGAAGAGGUCCGCAUUGUGGGUAUAUUAGGAAUGGGAGGGAUUGGUAAAACAACUAUUGCUCGAGCCUUAUUUAACAGAAUUGCACAUAAGUUUGAGGGUAGUAGCUUUGUUAUUGACGUUAGAGAGAAUAGCUCUAGUAAAAAGGAUAUAUGCGCCUUACAGCAAAAGAUUUUAGAAGAUAUUCUGGGUGUGUCUAUUGGGUUUGGGAUUCAUGAUCCAGAGAAUGGAGGCGAAGUGAUAGAAGAAAGAUGUUGCAGGAAGAAGGUUUUUCUUGUUCUUGAUGACGUGAAUGACGUCAAGCAAUUAGAGUUCCUAGCUGGAACACGUGAAUGGUUUGGUCUUGGAAGUAGAAUCAUUAUAACCACCAGGGAUCAGCAUUUGUUAUCAUAUGCUAAUGCUAACGACAAGUACAUACCUGCUCUUUUUCGUAUAGAUCAAGCUCUUGAGCUCUUCUGUAGGCAUGCUUUUAGGAAAAGUAGCCCUCCAGAUGGGUUUGUGAACCUCACCAAUCGUGCCAUAAACUAUGCACAUUGUCUCCCUCUGGCCUUGAAAGUUUUAGGUUCCUUUUUAUGUGGAAGAGAAGCAAAUGUGUGGGGAAGUGCUUUGGAUACACUAGCAAAAACAAGAAGUGGCGAGGUUUUUGACACACUGAAGUUAAGUUUUGAUUAUUUAAGUGUUUUUGAGAAGCAAAUAUUCCUAGACAUCGCGUGUUUCUACAAGGGGUACAAUGUAGAUGAUGUUACUAGAAAAUUUGAUAGCUUUGGUUUUAACCCGGUUAUAGGGAUUAGUGUUCUUGUUGAAAAGUCUCUUAUAACCAUUUCAUCAAAAAAUAGACUAGAUAUGCAUGAUCUUAUACAAGAAAUGGGUCGAAAAGUAGUUCAAGCAAGUGUUCCGAAUAGCCGGCUAUGGGAACGCGAACAGAUCCACGAUUUGAUUAACUAUAAGGUAAUGAACCUCUCUCCAUUUACUAGCUAA